AAGCCCGUGGCCUGACCGUACAUCGGUAUAAAUACCUUUUGGUGCGCUUCGGUUAAGCAUCACAAUCAGUUCAAACGUCCGAUCGAGCAGAUCAUUACCAUUGAGUAGCUUCAGUGUUCAGCACACGAACCACAAACACUCCAAUCAUCAUGAAGUGCGCCAUCGUUGCCGUCGUUCUGGCUCUGGCCGUCGUCUCGGAGGCUGGAGUGCUGCCAUGGGGCUGGCCAUACGGUGGUCUGCCAGCGGCUGUUCCGGUUGCUGCGUGGCCCCCGGCGGCCAUCCAUGCCGCAUACCCAGCGUACGCACCGCACGCCGCACUGUGGGGUGCUCCCCAUGCCGCCCUCUGGGCUGCUCCUCAUGCUCCGGCUGCCUCGGUCGCUCACCAUGCCGGUGUUGUGCCCGGAGCCACUUCCGUCACUGCCACGCGUGGUGCCGUCCAUGUUGCCCCUCUGCCAGGACAUGCCGUUUCGCAGCAGCAGCUGAACCUUGCUCCGGCCCCUGGAACCAUCUAAACAGAGGAUCGCCAUCGUGCAAUCAGGAUACCGUCUCAAAUCCCAGACACAAACAGUAUGCGCUCCCUCCCUCCCCAGUGGCCCCCUCAUGCCCCACCCACCAUCUGUCGCCAUCGUGCAAUAUGCUGAACAAGUGAUAACAUACUCAUUAGGUCGUAAGUUGGAUCGACGGACGCCGUUCCGUUUCUAAUCGUUCAUAUUGCUGCAAAAGCUUCACUCAAACCCCGGAAAUGCAAUAAAUAGAAGCAUUUUUACAAAAAAAA